ACCGGUUGACGUGGUUCGUUAAUGAAAGAUAACACCGAAGUAUAUUAAUUAGUCUACAGGUCACUAGUGUGAGUCCAGAUAUCUACAAUGAAGGUCCUUGCUAUUGCUCUUUUGUGCGCUUUUGCCUCCGUCCAGGGACGCAGCACCAGUCGUGCAACCAACAUCGCCGACGGGACCCCGGCGGCUUUGGGCGAGAACCCCUCGGUAGUUCACCUGAGGGUGGCCCGCAACGGAGACACCAGGCUCGCGUCGUGCGGCGCCGUGCUCGUGUCCGACACCUACAUACUCACCACCAAGACUUGCCUGGAGAAUGUAGAGCCCACGUUCAUUUGGAUGCGCUUCGGGCUGGUUGACGUGACCCGUCCUGACCUGGUGCUGGAGGUGGGAAGUGGCGCCAUCUACCGGCACCCCGGCGCGGGCGUGGACCUGGCCCUGGUCAAGAACCCCCGCGUCCCAGAACUUACUGACAACAUCCAGAUCGCCUCGAUGGAGGAGAACCUCGGCUCUGACGGCCGCGCCUGCGGUUUCGGAGCUUCCGAAUCUGACCCUGAAGUUGCCGGAGAGACCCUGAAGUGCGUGGAGAUCGAGGACAUGGUGGCCGUAGGAGAGACCAUCAACGCACCCGUCGUGCUCACCAAGUUUGACCUGGGCCAGCCCCUGUUCAGCGUGGACGGUGAGCUGGCGGGAGUGCUCAUCGACCCCACCCAGGGCGUGUACAUCCGCCCCAACUUCUACCUGGACUGGAUCAACGAGGUCAUCAACCCCGGUGGCAACCCCGACCCUGUGAGCGAGGUGCUCGUCGCCAACCCCUGAACUACUGAAGAGAGGAAGAGAAGGGUUUGAAGUCAAACCUUGAAGAGGAGAGGAGAUGUUGAUUGAAUAAACGAUCGAGUUUUAUCCGCA